CAGUACUCGCUUAACCGUUGGGCCGUUAGCAAGAGCGCGCGGAUACGUUCUCCAUCUCUCCGAGACACCUCCGAGAGUCGGCGUCUCUUCGCGCGCGUCCACUUCUCGCACGAAAGACGCAAAACGCGACGGCCGUCUACGGCGAUCUCGGCUAACGAUCGUCGUCCGGUUUGCCGAUUCAGUGCAGCGAAGGAAGUUUGUGUGUGUGUAUGUGUGUGUGUGUAUGUGUCUAUGUCCACUUCCGUCUCUCUGGCCACCAAGGUCUUUUCUAGGAACAUGGAAUGGCUAGGCAUUCUAUUGCUAUCGGGAAUAAUCUCAAAUGUAGCCGCAGAGCCGUAUUACACUAUUAUUGCUCCGAAAGUGGUACGUCCUGAUUCAGAAUACCAUGUAGCGGCAAGUAUCACCGGCGUAUCUACGCCGUCAACGAUAUAUGUAGAACUAAGUGGCGAACUCGAUACGGGGAAAAUAUUUAACAUUUCUCGAACCGCAAUCGUUGAGCCUUACUCCACUCAGAUUUUGCGAUUAGACAUUGGCGAAACCACGCCGGGAAAAUACAAACUCACAGCACGCGGUCUAUCCGGUAUUGAUUUUUAUAAAUCGAAAGAUAUCGAGUACAUACAUAAAAGUUACUCCGUCUUUAUUCAGACCGAUCGGGCGAUUUACAAACCCGGUCACAAAGUUAUGUUUCGUUGUAUGAUAUUGGAUUCGAGGUUGAGACCGAGCAUUGUGAGACCAACGGAAGUAUACAUCGUUGAUGGCGAUGGUAAUCGUAUUAAGCAAUGGAUUCGGCCACCAGUGACUCAUGGUAUUUUUGGCAGUGAAUUGGAGUUAUCUCAGCAACCAGUAUUAGGAAAAUGGAAGCUUGUUGCCAACGUCGGUGAUCAGACGUUUGAAAAGGAAUUUGAAGUCGCCGAAUACGUUCUGCCAAACUUCGAAGUGACAAUCGAUUCGCCGAAGCAUGUACAAUUCAAAGAAUCAAAAGUUACAGCAACUAUCCAUGCAAAGUAUGCUUAUGAAAAGCCAGUGAAAGGUGAAGCUACGAUAACAGCUUAUCCAGACAUUUUUUCGGGUGUAAUUCAACCGAUUUUCCAACAACCUGUAAGGAAAGUGAUACCGAUUAAUGGAAAAGUUACAGUCGAUUUUGAUAUAUUGUCUGAAUUAAGAUUGACUGAUGAAUAUGAAAGACCCAUCAUGAUUGACGCAGUGGUGGAAGAAGAAUUAACUACCAGAAGGCAAAAUGCUUCAACACAAAUAACGCUUCAUAAACACAAGUACACGAUGGAAUUAAUCAGAACAUCAGAAUAUUUCAAACCGGGUCUAAAGUAUACCGCUUUCUUAAAAUUAACAUAUCACGACGGAUCGCCAGUGCAGGAUACUAAAAAUGACGUCUUAAUAGCAUACGGGUACACAUAUAAUCAAUCGGCGUAUUCAAAUAUCUCAAGAAAAUUAGAUCAGCACGGUAUGGUGCAACUAGACUUUUAUCCGCCUAAACCAAAAGAUAACAUCUCUUUCCCGUUAAACAUCGAGGCACAGUAUCUAAAUCUUCAUGAAUGGUUCCCCUCAACUAAUCAAGCUAUGUCUGCUAGUAACGAGUACAUUCAAGCAAUUCUGAAAACGGAGAAACCAAUGGUGAACAAUUAUAUUGAAAUUGAAGUGAAUUCUACCGCACCAUUGAAAUAUAUAAGUUACGAGAUUCUUGGUCGCGGUGAUAUCUUAGAUGCAGGAUCGAUCUAUGUGCAAGAAAAGUAUACGACAUCAUUUAAAUUUUUAGCGACGUACGUCAUGGCACCUACCGCACAUGUAAUUGUAUACUAUGUGCAUACAACAAAUGGAGAAGUAAUAGCGGAUUCUUUAGACGUUGAACUCACAGGAUUCCUUCAAAAUAAUGUUGAUCUUAAACUAACACCUGAGGAAGUUAAGCCUGGGGACAAGGUUAAUCUUAUGAUAUCUGCGAAACCAAAUUCUUUUGUUGGAUUGUUAGGCGUUGAUCAGAGAUCCUUAUUGCUGAAAUCCGGAAAUGAUAUCUCUUAUGAUCAAGUACAUAAAGAGCUGCAGUCGUACGACAAGGCAGAAGUAUCACCACACGCAGAUGCGUUCUUUGGCCGUCCGCUCUGGAGGCCCGGUUCAGGAACAGCGGACGACGUGUUUGAGAAAACUGGCGUGGUGAUUCUCACAAACGCAUACGUCCACGAGAACUUCCCUAUACGAUUACCACAAAUUUUGGAGGGUAGAAUAACGGGCUCGCCUCAUGGGGUGUCCACGCUUCGACCAGACCUUGGUCCACCUGUCACGCACAGAUUAGCGACAAGACCACCGCUGGCAGGUCCUUACGCCUUCUCUCGCAUCCCACCUCCUGUCUGGAAUAAGCCCCGUGUAUUCCUAAUGCAUGACAUCUUAAACACCUGGCUUUUCACAAACUUCUCUUCAGGGUAUAAUGGAAAAACGGAAAUAGGGCGUACUGUACCGGAUUCAAUCACAUCAUGGGUAUUGACUGCAUUUUCUGUUAAUGAUGCACAUGGAUUAGGUCUUAUAGAGGAACCCAGAAAGUUGAAAGUGUUCAAACCUUUCUUCAUAUCUGUCAAUCUGCCGUACUCGGUAAUACGAGGAGAAAUCGUAGGGAUACAAAUUGUGGUAUUCAAUUACAUGAACAAAGACUUGACAGCCGAAGUUCUGUUAACAAACGAGGGACAAUUUGACUUCGCGGAAGUUUCUAAUGAAGUUCACGAUGUACCGAAAUUGGAGUUAUAUCGUAAAAAAAAAGUUGACAUAAAAGCCAAUUCCCCCUCGAGUGUGUCAUUCAUGAUUAUUCCAAGAGAGCUGGGAUACAUCACUAUAAAAGCGACCGCUAGCAGCGUUUUAGCUGGCGACAGUGUUGAACAUAAGUUACUUGUCAAUGCCGAGGGAGAAACACAAUACAAGAACGAAGCAGUAUUUUUGGAUUUAAGAAAUGCUGAACAAACCAGUGCAAAUGUCACCAUCAACAUACCUAAUAAUGCAGUUCCAGGAUCCGAGAACAUUCAAAUAUCUGCAGUUGGUGAUAUCUUGGGUCCUAGUAUCCCGAACUUGGCAAAUUUAAUAAGAAUGCCAUUUGGUUGCGGCGAGCAGAAUAUGCUCAAUUUUGUACCGAAUAUCGUGAUUUUAAAUUACCUCAAGAAUACGAAUCAAUUAACGCAAGCCGUGCAAAGCAAAGCGUUAAAAUAUCUGGACAUCGGCUACCAACAGGAGUUGACAUACAGACAUAGCGAUGGUUCGUUUAGCGCGUUUGGGAUGUCAGAUCCUAGCGGAAGUACAUGGCUUACAGCCUUCGUAGCGAAAUCUUUCAAGCAAGCGGCGGAAUAUAUAGCGGUCGAGGAUAGGAUCAUAAACGAAGCGUUGCAGUGGUUGUCCAACAAUCAAGCACCAAACGGUUCUUUCCCCGAAGUGGGAAAAGUUAGUCAUCGUGAUAUGCAGGGUGGGGCCGCUAAGGGACUCGCCCUGACAGCAUAUACUCUUAUUGCUUUUCUCGAAAAUGAGGAAUCCAUGGGAAAAUAUCGCAACACAAUAAACAAGGCUAUUGAUUAUAUCGUUCGUAAUAUGGAAGGAUUAAACGAUACGUAUGCAUUGAGCCUUUGCGCCUACGCCUUAAAUUUGGCGAAGCACCCGUAUGAGACAUCGGCAUUUAACUUUUUGGAAUCAAAAGCUAUGACGAAAGGGGAUCUCAAAUGGUGGAGCAAACCUAUUCCGAACGACAAUAAAAAUCCACACUAUUCCUUACCACGUUCCGUCGACGUCGAAAUGACAUCAUACGCCUUACUCUCAUAUCUCAAACGCAAUUUAGUCACGGACGCAAUUCCCGUAAUGAAGUGGCUUGUCAAGCAAAGAAAUACAGAAGGUGGUUUUGCGUCGACGCAAGACACUGUGAUCGGACUUCAAGCGUUAGCGAAACUUGCUGAAAAAUUGUCAAAGGACACGAAUUCUAUUCGAAUCGCGUUUAAAUAUGGAGAAGGUCAAGGUUCUAUGAACAUAAAUAGCGGUAAUUCUAUGAUACUCCAAAAACAGAUACUACCUACAAAAACGCGACACGUCAAUAUAACAGCAACUGGUAAAGGUUUUGUACUAGUACAAGUUUCCUAUCAGUACAAUCUAAACGUCACUGGAGCAUUUCCGUUGUUUACAUUGGAUCCUCAAGUAGAUAAAAAUUCCAAUGCUAAUCAUUUACAACUUUCGAUAUGCUCAGGAUUUGUCCCAACCGAGGAAACAAACGAAAGUAAUAUGGCUGUUAUGGAAGUAAGCCUACCUUCUGGCUUCACAGUGGACAAAGAUUCGCUACCAAGUUUAGAAAUAUCAUCACAUGUAAAGCGUGUAGAAACUAGAAAUGGUGAUACAAUGGUGGUUUUAUACUUUGACAAGAUGGUGAAAGAAGAAUAUUGCCCAACUGUGUCUGCAUUUAGGACGCAUAAAGUAGCGAAGCAAAAACCAGUUCCAGUUUCCAUAUAUGAUUAUUAUGACUCGUCGAGACGAGCAAGAGCAUUUUACGAGCCUAGAAAGACAACUUUGUGUGACCUUUGCGAAGAUGAAGACUGCGAAGAUAUAUGCGUUUCGAAACCUGGUAAACAAAAGGACAAUACUACGGCAGCUGCUGCGUCCAAUGUUUACGCUUGUGUAUAUUUGCAAUUUAUGUUACUCUCGUUUUACUAUUUGCUUCAUAAGUACUUGUAAUUAUAUUGUUAUUGAGAAUAAUUUCAUUAUACUAUAAACUUUAAAUUUAACAAAAUAACGUAAAGAAGCUAUACAAGUUGCGACCAAAGUAUAUAUACUUGUUAUACAAAAUAUAAGAUAUUAUAAUCUUUUUACGAAAUGUCUAAAUCAAACUAACAUAAGAUUUAAUUAUUUAAUGAUAAUACUAAGUCUAUAAUAAAACUCAAUAAUGUUUCUUGUUAUUAA